UUCCUUCUACGUUCCGGUGUCACGCGACCCCCCUCCCCCUCCCUCCCUUCUUGGUCUACCUUUGGGCUGGGCUGGCUGGUGAUGAGGCACUUGGCUGCCGGCUGUGGAAGGAGCGACGGCUACGACUACAAUCGAUUCCGCGACUGUGACCAUGGCCGAGAAUAACGCUCAGAAUAAAGCCAAGCUAAUCUCUGAGACCCGGCGGAGAUUCGAAGCUGAGUAUGUGACAGAAAAGUCAGAAAAAUACGAUCCACGUGAUAUUGAAAGGCUCCAGCAAGAUGAUAACUGGGUUGAAAGUUACUUACAUGGGAGACAUAACAUUGUGGAUGAAACACUGAAGAUGCUUGACGAGAGUUUUCAGUGGAGGAAAGAAUUCUCUGUCAAUGACCUUAGUGAAUCCUCUAUUCCAAGAUGGUUAUUAGAACUUGGUGGUAUUUAUCUCCACGGUUAUGACAAAGAAGGUAACAAAUUAUUCUGGAUCAGAGUGAAGUAUCACAUAAAAGACCAGAAAACCAUAAUGGACAAGAAGAAGCUCAUAGCAUUCUGGUUGGAACGAUAUGCCAAGAGAGAAAAUGGGAAGCCUAUCACAGUGAUGUUUGACAUGUCCGAAACUGGACUCAAUAGCAUAGACAUGGAGUUUGUACGAUUUAUCAUCAACUGCUUUAAGGUGUAUUACCCCAAAUACCUCUCAAAAAUAGUGAUCUUUGAUAUGCCUUGGAUAAUGAAUGCUGCUUUCAAAAUUGUGAAAAGCUGGCUUGGCCCUGAAGCAGUAAGCUUGUUGAAGUUUACAAGUAAGAAUGAAAUCCAGGAGUAUGUCAGUGUGGAAUACCUACCUCCUCACAUGGGUGGGACAGAUCCUUUCAAGUAUAGCUACCCACCACUGGUAGAUGAUGACUUCCAGACACCACUAUGUGAAAAUGGGCCAAUUGCCAGUGAGGAUGAAACCUCAAGUAAAGAAGAUAUAGAAGGUGAUGGUAAGGAAACCUUGGAAACAAUUUCUAAUGAGGAACAACCAGCUGUGUCCGAAAAGAGUAACCCAACUGAGUCUGCUUCCAAAAAAGAUGAAACUGAAAAAGUUGAUUCAAAGACGAAAACUUUUAAAAAGCCAUUGAGUGUUUUUAAAGGACCCUUAUUACACAUCAGCCCAGCAGAGGAAUUAUAUUUUGGAAGCAUUGAGUCUGGAGAGAAGAAAACUCUGAUAGUGUUGACAAAUGUCACCAAAAAUAUCGUGGCCUUUAAGGUGAGAACCACAGCUCCAGAAAAAUACAGAGUCAAGCCAAGCAACAGCAGCUGUGAUCCCGGAGCUUCGGUUGAUAUCAUUGUGUCUCCACAUGGCGGCUUAACAGUCUCUGCCCAAGACCGGUUUCUGAUAAUGGCUGCUGAAAUGGAGCAGUCCUCUAGCACGGGGCCUGCAGAACUGACUCAGUUCUGGAAGGAAGUUCCAAGAAGCAAAGUGAUGGAACACAGGUUAAGAUGCCAUACAGUUGAGAGCAGUAAACCGAACAGUCUCAUCCUGAAGGACAGCGUUUCUGCCAUGUCAGAUAAAACCAGUGAAGAUCUGUACCUCCAACUCAAUCGUUUACUAGAAAGCAAUAGGAAACUUGAAGACCAACUGCAGCGCUCUAUCUGGUUCCAACAGCUACUGCUUGCCUUAACAAUGGUCUUGCUUGCUUUUGUUGUUUCUUUCUUUUAUUCAUUAUACAAUUAAACAAGUGGCACCUGGUUGAAACCAAAAAACUCCUUCAGACAUUAUCUGGAGAAGGUAUACAGACCCCACCCAAACUUUUCCACCCAGCUACCAGAACUACUGUACAUCUGGGCUUCCUACAAGGAAAUAUGCAGCACAUAGAAGGGUGCCUAUCUAAUAAGUUAUUUGGCUAGAGAGAUGGUCAAGGCAUUGAUUAUUAGAGACUAUAGCUAGUUAGGAAACUAAGUAAAGGUAUUUGCAUUAUAUAAAUUGAUAGCUUAAAUGUAAUUUAUUUUUCUUUUUGAUUUGAAUGCUUUCAAAGCAAAGUUUUAUCAUGUAAAUACACUAGGCGAGCUGAAAAGUCUAAGUAAUAACGCUUUGUUGUGGCCAAAAGAAAAUGUAGUCUGCUUUUUUUUUAAAUUACAGAAUUACUAGCUGAGCUGACUUAUUAGUUUUUCUAUGCUAUGUAUGUAAAAUAUGUAUAUUAAAAAGGAAGCAUACUUAAACAGAGUAAUUUAUGUAAUCAUGACUUUGUAACUUGGAGAACUACUUCCAGAUGAUAGUCAAUAUUCUUUUGGAAUGGAAAGCUAUUUAAUGCCAAACCUCCUUAGCCUUUGUUUCUAGGUGUCACUGAGCAGCCUGCCUCUUACUAAUCUGGGCUCUUUAAUGAAGACUCUGUUUUUGAUACAAUAUGAAAAGCUACAUGUGGUUGGAUUUUCUUUGAUUUCUCUUAUCAGUGCCCAGAAGGAAUGCCUCUGAAAGAGGCUCCCGUUCUAGUCAAUUCUAUGCAGUUUCAUGCCUGUCCAUAUGUUUGGACACUGAACCUUUUGCCUGGUUUAUUAUAAGGGCCUACUUUUCCAUUGUUCUGUCUUCAUCUUCAUUCCAGGGCAAAGGAGUCUCCUCUGUGGACUACAAGUUAUGCCACCUUCACCCUCAUUUUUUAAAUGAAAGGCAUUACGUAACAUUUUUGAAAGUCUAGUUGUUUUAGAUGUCUAUUACAAUAAGUAACCUUGGGUUCCAGAUGGUCCUUGUUAAAAUUGUUGGUAAGAAGGAAACUUUGAAAAGUAUCAUGUGUGCAAAAGGAAAAGCAAAGCAGAGAGGCUUAGCGAAUGGGAACUCUCUCUCUCCCAGUGGCUUCUGUGGCCCACUUGAUACUCUGCCUUUGUCAUUCUUAGACUCACUCAUAUUGUUCCUAAAUUCCUACAGAGAUACACCUUGCAGAAGCAGAGGCUAAUGAAAUAGCUUUGUAUUGUCAUUAACAUGACCAGUUUCUGUCACUUUAGGUUCAAAUCUAUGUCUGCCUUUUUAAGGAAGAAAAAUACUCUGCCCAGCAAAUGAAUAUUUAGCCAUGUUCAGAGAAUUAUUCUCAGUAGAGUUGGGGGCUCUCAUUUGGAAGAAGUUGAUUCCCAAACCGAGUUUUAAGGAGUAAUAUAACGAAGCUCCUUAAAACGUCGGCUGAGGAAAUAAAACGUUAAACGGACACUAGUGUGAUACUUUGUCUUAAUUUGAGUUUUUCUGUUUCAGUUUGCCACCUCCAGAUGUGAAACAGACUGCAGUCCACCCUAAGUACUGUGCACAGUAUCUAUGUCCCUGUAUGUUCACAGUGACUUCCCAAGUGGUAGAUUGGGGGCCUUAAUAUAAUCUCAUCCCAAAUUAUCUGUCUAUGCUUUUUAUUCCUCAUCAGAUAAACAAGAAAUUAAUUAGCUAAGAUGAGGAAUAUAAUUGUCCUAACAGUGUCCUUUUAAUGUUUCAUAAGAAAAUCAUGUUGACACACUAAAUACCCUUCUUUAAUUGUUGUCUGGUCAGUUGAAUUUAGUAACAUCUUGUUAGCAUUUCUGUGUAGUAAAUGUGACUAAAAAGGACUUUGGGAAAUUAACAUAAUGUCAACAGUAACUGAACUCUUCUGCUAAUCUUGAUUAAUCUAUAUAGUAACAUUUGAUUUUGUCCUGUCUUUAUUUGGUUUAAUUUAAUCAUAUGUGCAUGAUUAUUUUUGGUAUUCUGAUCAAUAAUUUUCUCUUGAAUCAUGUUAUUGCCUUUUCAUGAUCAAAUUACCAGGGAUUUUCAUUUCGAUUUUUGUUUUCACUCGGGAAUGGAAAUUAAUACAUUUUCCAUGAAAACAUUAAUAAAAGAUCAUUAGCUUGAUCUGCAAGUAGCCUAAAAUGCAGAUGCUGGUUAACCUAGUCUCAAAUUUCAUAAACCAUAACUUUUAUAUCUUACCACUAAUUUUGACUGGAUUUAAUAGCACUUUAUUGUACAAUUAUAAAAAAAUAUAUUCCUAGAAUUGUUGCCAGUGUAAUUUCUCUAAUGUUCUGGUGCUUUUCAUAUAUUUUCAGUAUUUUUAUUACUAUAUUGGUAUUUUCUUUGUAUAAAUUGAUCAAAAGAACAUGUUUUCUAUUUUAAUAUGUUUUAGAAAAUAAUUGCAUUUAUGAAAUAAAUAUCAUCAGGAAAAAAA